AGUUUUUUGUGAAUAUUACAAAAGCAGGGACUGUAUCAUAAAAGUGGACGAUCUAAAUGCACAAAUCGGUAAUAGUGAGUAAAACCCUAGAAAAAGAGUAUACUGAUACACUCACAAACUCUUACAUCGGCGGCUAAAUCUAUCUAAUCUCCACUCCGUCAGGCAAAGGCUAAUUGAGCUUGAGCUUGAAGAAAGGCUUAUUGUUGGAGAUAUAUGGCGAAUUUUGCUAAGCCGGAGAAUGCUCUUAAGAGAGCUGAGGAGCUGAUUAAUGUGGGUCAGAAGCAAGAUGCUUUACAGUCUCUUCACGAUCUGAUUACUUCGAAGAGGUAUAGGGCAUGGCAGAAGACACAUGAGAAGAUUAUGUUCAAGUAUAUUGAGCUUUGUGUGGACAUGAGAAGAGGCAGGUUUGCAAAGGAUGGGCUGAUUCAGUACCGGAUAAUAUGUCAACAAGUAAAUGUUAGUUCACUGGAGGAGGUCAUAAAACACUUCAUGGACCUGUCUACUAAGAGAGCUGAAGCAGCUCGUAGUCAGGCACAAGCCCUGGAAGAAGCUCUUGAUGUAGAUGACCUGGAAGCUGAUAAUAGACCUGAAGAUCUUAUGUUGAGUUAUGUCAGCGGCGAAAAAGGGAAGGACCGAUCUGAUCGUGAGCUUGUCACCCCGUGGUUUAAGUUUUUGUGGGAGACCUAUAGAACAGUUCUUGAAAUACUGAGGAACAACUCCAAGUUAAUGGCGCUCUAUGCGGAUACUGCACACCGUGCUUUCCAGUUCUGUAAGCAAUACAAACGAACAACAGAGUUCCGUAGGCUGUGUGAGAUCAUCAGAAAUCAUCUCGCUAAUCUUAACAAAUAUAGAGACCAGAGGGACCGGCCUGAUCUUUCUGCACCUGAAAGCAUCCAAUUCUAUCUUGAUACAAGAUUUGAGCAGUUAAAAAUUGCCACCGAACUUGAACUUUGGCAGGAAGCUUUUCGUUCUGUUGAGGAUAUUUAUGGGUUUACAUGCUUGGUGAAGAAAAUGCCCAAGACGUCCUGGAUGGCUGUAUAUUAUGCUAAACUAACAGAGAUAUUUUGGAUCUCAACUAGUCAUCUUUAUCAUGCAUAUGCAUGGUUUAAACUUUUUCAACUUCAGAAAAGUUUUAAUAAGAACCUCAAUCAGAAGGACUUGCAGCUAAUAGCAUCCUCCGUUCUGUUAGCUGCACUGUCAAUCCCCCCCUAUGACCACACGCAUAGGGCGUCUCAUGUGGAACUUGAACAUGAGAAAGAGCGGAAUUUGAGGAUGUCUAAUCUUAUUGGUUUCAAUCUUGACACCAAGAUUGAGGGUAGAGACAUGCUCUCCCGAUCAGCACUUCUUGCAGAUCUGAUUUCAAAAGGUGUGAUGACGUAUGUUACCCAAGAAGUAAAAGAUCUUUAUCAUCUCUUGGAACAUGAAUUUCUGCCUCUAGAUCUGGCAUCGAAAGUUCAACCUUUGUUGGAAAAAAUUUCGACAGUUGGGGGUAAGAUUUCAUCAGCCUCUUCUGUACCAGAAGUACAGCUUUCUCAGUAUGUUCCUGCGUUGAAAAAGCUAGCCACUUUGAGAUUGCUACAGCAGGUGUCUCAUGUUUACCAAACAAUGAGAACUGAGAGUUUAGCCAAGAUGAUCCCCUUUUUCAGUUUUUCUGCUGUGGAGAAACUCUCUGUAGACGCUGUCAAACAUAAUUUUGUUGCAAUGAAAAUCGACCAUAUGAAGGGCGCUGUUAUAUUUAGCACUUUGGGCCUUGAAUCUGAUGGUCUGCAUGAUCACCUGAGCUUAUUUGCUGAAUCUUUAACUAAAUCAAGGGCAAUGAUGUACCCUUCUGAAAGGAAGAUAUCAAAAUUAGGUGAAAUGUUGCCUAGUUUAGCUGAGGUUGUUGAUAAGGAACAUAAAAGGCUUCUUGCUCGGAAGUCAGUUAUAGAGAAAAGAAAGGAAGAACAAGAACGCCAUCUUCUGGAACUGGAACGGGAGGAAGAAACAAAAAGGCUUAAGUUGCAGAAAAUAACUGAAGAAGCAGAGCAGAAAAGGCUUGCAUCUGAAUAUGAGCAGAGGAAAAACCAACGAAUCUUAAGGGAAAUAGAAGAGCGGGAGCUUGAAGAAGCACAAGCAUUGCUUCAAGAGGCCGAAAAGCGUAGUAAAAAGAAGGGAAAGAAGCCACUCAUAGAUGGAGAAAAAGUGACAAAGCAAUCAUUGAUGGAGUUGGCUCUUAAUGAACAAAUAAGAGAAAAGCAAGAAAUGGAGAAAAGAUUGCAAAAACUUGGUAAAACAAUGGACUACUUGGAAAGGGCAAAAAGAGAAGAGGCUGCCCCGUUGAUCGAAGCAGCAUUUCAACGUCGCUUGUCAGAAGAAAAGGUGCUUCAUGAACAUGAACAACAGCAAGAGAUAGAGCUAAGCAGGCAGCGUCAUGAUGGAGACCUUAAGGAAAAGAAUAGACUGCUGAGGAUAUCGGAGAAUAAGACACAAUUCCAGAAUAAAGUUGUAAAAGGUAGGCAAGUUGAGUAUGAGAGGUUGAGAGUUGAAAGAGAUGCAAGGAUUAAUGAAAUUCUUCGGGCACGGAAGCAGGAGAGAGAAAGUAAAAGAAAAAUGUUGUUCUAUUUGAGCGUUGAGGAGGCGAGGCUGAAGAAGCUGCAGGAAGAGGAGGAAGCUCGCAAGCUUAUAGAGGCUGAGAGACUCAAGAAAGAGGAAGCUGAGAAGAGGGCAAGGUUGGAUAGAAUUGCUGAGAUCCAGAGGCAAAGGGAGCAAGAAAUUGAAGAAAGGAGGAAAGCAAGUGAAGGACUUUCCAGGCCUUCUGAACUCUCUGGUGGAUCUCGUCCAUUGGAGGCACCACCCGCCCCAACAGCAGCACCUGCUGCUGCCGCUGCUGCACCAACUCCAGGAAAAUAUGUGCCUAGGUUCCGUCGAGCUGAAGGGCAGGCUCCCCCUCCGGAACCUGACCGGUGGGGCAGCGGCAGACAAGAUGAUCGGACACUGCCGCCUCCUGGGGGCGACAGGUGGCGUGGUGGUGGUCAAAGACAAUCUUGGGGAGCAUCCAGGAUCCCUCCAAGGGGUGGCUAAUUCUGUACCCAACAGGCGGUGAAAUAUAAUUCUUUGUGAAAUAGUGAGUGGAUUCGGAACUUGAUGAAAGUGCUUAAGAUUUUGGUUUUAUUGUUUCUCAAAUCGAGUUUUCAUGAUAUCUAGACCUGGACGCGCUAAACAUUGGUACUAAGAUAUGUGAUGAAGUUUUGGGCAAUAAAGUUCUUCAUUUGGACA